AAAGGCGUAGUUGUAGCUUCUGGUGUCUUCCAAACUCUAAACGAAACUGUGGUAAAGCUUCCAUUGAGCCGCACCACACACCUCUGUGAAGAACCAAACUAGUUGAAGAUGGCGCUAUGGAUGGAAAAGGGUUCUGAGCCAUUGACCGAAAGCGAGAAAGCAGACCUUGAAGCCAUUGCUGCACUCAAAGAGUCCACAGCCAUAGAACUCAAGGAAAAGGGUAACCAAUUUGUCAAGAUGGGUAACAAACAUUACUCUGAUGCCAUUGAUUGCUACACAAGGGCUAUCAAUCAGAAUGCCUUGAGUCACUCUCAAACCUCUAUUCUUUUUGCAAAUAGAGCCCAUGUCAAUUUGAUGCUUGGAAAUCUUAGACGUGCUCUCACUGAUGCUCACCAAGCACUCAACUUGUGCCCUACAAAUAUAAAGGCGAUUUAUAGAGCUGCCAAAGCAUCAUUUUCACUGAAUUUGUUGGCUGAAGCACAAGACAUUUGUCAAAAGGGUCUUCAGUUGGAUCCCGAUAAUGAGGAAUUGAAGAAGCUUAACCUGCAGAUUGGUCUGAAGAUAUCAGAGAACAAAAAGCAUGAGGCUGAAGUUUCCAAGGCUGUUGCAGAGGCAAAGGAGCUUGUGUCCGCAAUAGAAAAUAGAGGUUUGAAGAUUGGGAAGGCGAUGUAUCGAGAACUAACUGGAUUAAGGAAACCUGUGUUAGACAAAAAUAAUAUCCUUCAUUGGCCUGUGCUUCUUCUUUAUGCAGAGGUUAUGUCCAGUGACUUCAUUGAGGAUUUCUGUGAGGCUGACAUGGUUUCGGUUCACCUUGAUAUGAUGUUUGCAGAAGAUCAGCCACUGCCUUGGGAUGUUGAUAACAAUUACAAACGUGAAUAUAUUGAACUAUAUUAUGAGGGUUGCUCUGGACUUCGUUUAUCUAAGAAUGGACUUCUUCGUUGUCUAUUAGAGGGAACUGUAGCUUCUGAUGCGGAAGGUGUUGGUGAUGAAGGGAAAGAUGCAGUUGAGGAUCUUAAGCAAAACUUGGGCUCCCCUAAAUGGAUCAAAGUAAAUGAAAGGAGGCAACUUCAUGAUGUUCUUAAAGAGCCAAAUUUCAUCAUUCCUGGGAUCCCAGUCUUCUAUGUUGUUUCUACACGAUCCAGCUUUUAUACCAAGUUCAAAGCUGGAAAGUGGGUUCCUCCGAGUAUAUGAUGGGAGUUGGGAGCAAUAGGCAAGAAUUGAUGUUUUGCAAUCAUUAUAUUGAAGGGAUGUUGUCUCAAUCUGGAAGUCAUGAAGACUGCUCAGGUAGCCAUGAUCAGAAAGCGGCGACUUAUUCCUAGUUUUUUUGACUUCUGAACCAGAGUAACCUGCUAAUUGCCAUUGUUUGAUGAGUCAAGGUUUCUGGCCAUGGUGUCCCAAUGAUAUUGCUAGAAUAUGAGGAAACUCACUUGAUUAUGUCUUAUUCCUUUUUCAUGUAACCUAGUCAUCAGAGGUGUAUAAUUUGAUAGUUAUAGUUUCAUAAACUUCUAUCAAGGAUUAAGAUCCCUACAGUUUGCUUCUUCA